CAUUUAUCAGUUCUCGAACAUACACUCUUGGCCAAGCAAGACUUGCGUCCAAAUUGCCUGGAGCCAUGCUCAGAUCAUGCAGGGCAUCUUCAUCCUCCCUCGUCGAGCCAGCUCGGCACGCUUUAUCGGUUGAGCACCUAUCCCGACGAUCAUUCUCCACCGGCAAGUUCAAACUGCAGCAAGCUCAAGCCGCGAGGUCAAGUACCAAUAUCACUCAUCAGCCUCGAGCAGGUCCCAGAUACGAUCGGUCUCUCCCAUCAAGUGGACGGCAGGACAGAUUGUCGAAAUUACUCCUCGAACUCGCAUUCGAGAGGAAAAGCCGGAAGCCCACCCCGGAGACCCUGGUGAACUUACUCAGGGAAACGUUGUCGUAUAUCAGACGCUUCGAAAACGACUCGAACAUACUCUCUACCCCGUUGCGGCAUUCCACCCCUCUCUCCGUAGAGCUGGUCAUGGCUGUCGUGCGAUGCGCUGCCACAAGUCACAUCGACCUUGGUUUCGAGGGGAGGGAAUUGCUGCAUGAGAUCGCUGUCUUUCACCCCGAGCUUCUUCCUUCUCUCCUGGUGACAGCCUUUGAAACCGAUCACUAUCCAGCUUCUCUCAUUUCUGCCUUGAUCAAGAUGCCCACGCCCACCCCUUCUCUCAGUCAGCACAUUUUUGUUCUAUGCGAAUCCCUGAAGAGGGGGUAUGCUGUAUCUCCUAGCCUUCUCCGGGACACCAUGGAGGCAUGCUGUACCUGGGGAAAUCCGCGUUUAGCUCUGCAGCUUGCUGCAGUAGGGGGUCAAACUCCUGCCCACGCAAAGGAGAUUGAUGCCGCCAUGCGCGAGGAAAUCCUGGUUGCGAGCGCGGAAACCGGCUUUAUGGAAGGUCUGGAAAUAGCUUGGACUCAUGCAAGCAGCACGGGUGUUUUCGCACCAGACGAGGGACUGAUCCUUCGAAUCAUCGAUGUUGCAGCUAGAAAUUCCCGCCCAGACAUGGCCGAAAAUGCCCUCAAAUACCUUGACUCGCUGCCUGUGAAAGUCGAGCCUCGACACCUUCUCCCUCUGGUUGAGGCUCAUCUCAACAACGGGAGCGUGCUGGCUGCUGUGAAAGUCGCUGCUAGCCUCCCACAAGACGACGAUCUGAAACUCGAUGAUCUGGCGCCACUCAUCAGACACAUCUCAGACUCAGAGAUCAUUGACAAGGUCUUCUAUCACUUGGAAGACCUGCAUCGUACAGGAGAGAGACUUAAUGUUGUCUCCGUCAAUGCCCUUAUUGCUGCAGCGGUACGGCUCAAUGACCUGCACCGUGCGCGGGCUAUUCAAUCCUCUUUUGAAGAUUUGGGGGUCACGCCGAACAUGGACACUUUCAAUCUACUUCUCAAGGGAUGUGUCACCAUGGAGCAUCGGGCUCUUGGCGACAACAUUAUGUCAGAGAUAUCUAAGGCUGGUCUUUCGCCCACACAAUCGACAUACGAAGACAUGAUCGCGCUGUGUCUCAUCCCACGCGAAUACGAGGACGCCUUCUACUAUCUCGAACAAAUGAAGUCGCUCAACCUGAUGCCCAGUCGAGAAAUCUACCGGCGGCUUCUUGAGAAAUGUCAGCGUAACAAUGAUCAUAGGGGACAAUUCGUUCUGGAGGAGAUGGAGACAUUGGGUUACACGGCUCGCGACGGGACUCGCCAGUCGCAACCUUAGGGGUACAAAAUUUCAUAGCCGACUGUAGAGGACCAUAUGCAUUGCAUGGCUGUGAC